ACAACAGCUCAAAACAAAACAGAGAAGCUAAUCUUUUAAAAUAUCCACUGUCACACUGUGUUGUUGUCAGUCGUUGGUAGACCGCGUGCUGCUAAUGCUAAUGUUAAUGUUGCUUUCUACUGUGUAACUGGUGUAUGUGUUACAGCAGCCGCAGAGCUUCACUGUAUAUCUCUACUUUGUGUCACCGUCUGCCGGAGGAGCCACAGCCGGGCCCGCUGCUGCUCUCAGGAUGGACAGUGAAAUUCAGAGAGAUGGGAGAGUCCUGGACCUCACUGAUGAUGCCUGGAGGGAAGACAAACUGCCGUAUGAAGAUGUUACCAUUCCUCUGAGUGAACUGCCUGAGGCUGAGCAGGACAACGGAGGAUCCACAGAGUCGGUAAAGGAGCAGGAGAUGAAGUGGACAGACCUCGCCCUGCAGAGCCUGCACGAAAACACACCGAGCACCGGGAGCUGAAAGACUCAUCUGCAAUCAGACUGUAGAACAAACAUGCACACACACACACACACGCACACUUCAGCCACAUUGGAUUGCGUCUUUUGAAAGGAUUUUUCACCACGUUCCAGCUGAGCGGAAAUGACAUAGAAAUGUAUUUUGAUAAUUGGUUUGAAUGUGAUUACUUUUGCAGCUUUGAAUAACAUUAAACGAGACUCCUUCCA